UUGUCCUCACAUCCAAAGUGCCUGGAGGACCUCGGAGAGCCCGGUAGUACCGGCGCUGCUCGGGCAGUAGCUGAUACCUCUCUGCCGCUGGGAGGGGAGAGAGCGCGGCCGCUGUGCCCUCACCUAAGAUGGCAGCGGGGGCGGUCUCUCCCUGCGGAGAAGAUGGCCGCCGAGGGGAGCGGCGCUCUAGGCGGGUGGCGGAACUGGCUUGGCUGGGAGUGGACCAGCAAGACUAUAGCUCCACGGGGGUUGCAUGACUCUUUGGCGAUGAACGCAGCCAGAAGUGGCUACCGGGUCUUCUCGGCCAACUCCACGGCAGCCUGCACCGAGCUGGCGAAGCGGAUCACGGAGCGUCUCGGUGCUGAGCUGGGGAAAUCUGUGGUAUACCAGGAAACCAAUGGAGAAACAAGAGUUGAAAUAAAAGAAUCUGUCCGGGGACAGGAUAUCUUCAUUAUACAGACAAUCCCCAGAGAUGUGAAUACCGCUGUCAUGGAGCUGCUGAUAAUGGCAUAUGCACUGAAGACUUCCUGUGCCAGGAACAUCAUUGGGGUCAUCCCUUAUUUCCCCUACAGCAAACAGAGCAAAAUGAGGAAGAGGGGCUCUAUAGUCUGCAAGCUGCUGGCUUCGAUGCUCGCCAAGGCAGGUUUAACACACAUUAUCACUAUGGACCUUCAUCAAAAGGAAAUCCAAGGCUUCUUCAGCUUCCCAGUAGACAACCUGAGAGCAUCCCCUUUCUUGCUUCAGUAUAUACAGGAAGAAAUUCCAGAUUACAGAAAUGCAGUUAUUGUAGCCAAAUCUCCUGAUGCAGCUAAAAGGGCUCAGUCUUACGCUGAGAGACUACGGCUGGGACUAGCAGUGAUCCACGGAGAGGCUCAGUGUACAGAGCAGGACAUGGAUGAUGGACGUCACUCCCCUCCGAUGGUCAAAAAUGCAACUGUGCAUCCUGGUCUGGAGCUGCCGUUGAUGAUGGCCAAGGAGAAACCGCCAAUAACUGUGGUUGGAGACGUUGGAGGAAGAAUUGCCAUCAUUGUGGAUGACAUCAUCGAUGAUGUGGAAAGCUUUGUAGCUGCUGCAGAGAUCCUGAAAGAGCGUGGAGCCUACAAGAUUUUUGUGAUGGCUACUCAUGGACUCCUGUCAGCAGAUGCCCCCCGUCUCAUAGAGGAAUCCUCCAUUGAUGAGGUGGUAGUAACCAACACAGUUCCUCACGAGGUACAGAAGCUGCAGUGCCCCAAGAUAAAGACUGUGGAUAUCAGUUUGAUUCUCUCUGAAGCCAUCCGACGAAUCCACAAUGGCGAGUCCAUGGCCUAUCUCUUUCGCAACAUCACUGUCGAUGACUAGACCUGGCGCUGCCCCUGUCCUGGCUUCCACAAGAGACGGAAAUAUGCAUGAAAAGGCAAUACCAUAAAUUAUAGGCAUAACACAACUGUUUAUUCUUGUAGGAGCAUGAAGGUUUUCAGGGUCUUGAGCCAUGAGAUCUAAUAGAGAAAAAUCAACCUGACCAGCACUUUACAGGUGAAUAGAAGAGGCCACUGGCAAUGGGGAGGAUUACAUCUUAAUUAAGAGAGAUCAAAAAAUGAGGUGGUGUUGAAUUUUUAAGUUCCUUUAAUUUUUUUUUUUUUUUAGUGUGUUAUCUCUUGCCCUAUAGGGGGGGAAAGAAAAGCAAAAAAGAAGUAGCUGUCAGCUUAUGAGAAGGGAAUAGAGACUGCUCAUUGCUGCGUGUGGGCAGCAAGAGGAGACAGCCUUUGGGUUUCUGUUUCUGACUGUGACUCGCCUGAGAGCGCAGAAGGGAGUGCUUCAUUCAGGCAGCUGGGCAGGACAGCUUGCUGCUGGCAGAGCUGAUCAGCAGAGCAGCUCCUUGCCAAUUGAGUGGCCUCUCAUUUCUUGCACAGCAUAGCAGGGACUUUCAUCAAAACUAAGUUAGCGGAACAUCCAGAAAGGGCAGCUUAGGGCAAUCCAUUUGCAGGGCUGCUCGCAUCCUUGUGUCGGGGCGCUGGGAACAAGCUUACAUGUGUCUCCCAGCAGGGCAAGGGGUGCUAGUUAAUGUGCUGGCCUUUUCAUUUUGCGAGCCUUGGAUCAUUAUUGUUCUUCAGUGGCAAGGCACAUGAGGGUCUAGGUCCUCACUUGAACACUUGUCUGCACUGCAAAACCAGGCACAAUUUCUGGAGUUGCCUGGGUCUGAUGAGUUGUGGCAGAGUCUUGUGGGGAAGGGGAGUUGGAACAAUAUCUGCCUCUAAUGCAACUGUGCUCUCCAAAACACUAACACUGAACCUGCAAUAAAAAGCAUAGGAUUUUUCA